AUGAAAUAUCUAAGACAUAAAAGAAUAAUGUAUACAUAUUAUAUAAAAGACAUGAUAUUUGUGGCUACAUGUCGGAUGACGCUGAUAAGAAUUAUCUUCUGUGCAAGCGUUUUUCUCGUUGCUAUUAUAAUAUCUCUUAUUCCUGCAAUUGUAAAUAUAAAUCACCAACAACUAGAAAGAUCCGUACGAUAUCCAACAGACAUCAAAUAUAUAUUAUUCUGGAGUCCACCUAAAGAUAAAAAAAGAAUGUACUUCUUAAAGGAGGGAACAGAAUUUAAUUCAGGACAAAGUUCGUUCAUCCAACAAAAAUGUCCUUUUAUCAACUGCUAUGUUACAUAUAAUAGAAGUUUUUUGACAGAUCUGAAUAAUUUUGACGCUGUCGUAUUCAAUGUAAAGGAUCUUAGCAAAAUAAGGAUCGAGGACUUAACCGUUGCUAGAUCUCCUCACCAGAAAUACAUUUUUAGAUCCCAAGAGUCGUCGGAGAAUUAUCCUGUAUGCAAUUCCAUGUACGACAACUUUUUCAAUUUAACAUGGACAUACAAAUUAAAUUCUGAUAUACCGCAACCCUUUAUUAACAUUUACGACGCGUCCAACAAGUUAAUAGGACCGAAAAAAAAUAUUCAUUGGAUUACAAAAAUGAAUCACACGGAUAAAUUUAAAAAUAAAAUUACAAACAAAAAUAAAGCUGUAUCUUGGAUUGUUACUAAAUGCAAUUCCAAGAGUAAGCAUCAAGAUUUUGUGAGAGAAUUUAGAAGUGAACUUGAAGGGUAUAAUCAUACUAUAGACACUUUUGGUCCUUGCACUGAAAAUAAAUGUCCGGAUGGUAAAAUUCACACAUGCCACAAAUUAAUAGAGAAACAUUAUUUCUUCCAAUUGAUUCUAGAAAAUUCCUUCGCGGAAGAUUAUGUAACUGAAAAAAUUGUAAAAUCCUUGAUGCAUUUUACAAUACCGAUUGUUUUGGGUGGGGCAGAUUACACAAGAUUUCUACCACCAGGGUCUUAUAUUAACGUCCAAAAAUUUGGUUUAAAAAAACUGGGAGCUCUCAUUGAUUAUCUUAUAAAAAACCCACAAAUGUACGAGUAUUUCUUCGAUUGGAAGAACCAUUAUUUCUAUUCAGCCAGACCUACAUUUCAAGUCUGUGAUUUGUGUACUAAACUUAAUCUGAACAACAGUAUCGUUGUGAGAAGAUAUAAAAACUUUAGAAAGUGGUGGAAUCCUGAUUUUAAAGACACAUGUCGCAGAAUGCAGUUGCAAAGUAUAUUCAACACACAAUAA